AUGUCGUUCAAGCUCCGAAUUUCUUUCCCCAAAAGACCAAGGGCUUCACGAAACGACAAUGUUUCCCACCCUACGACACCACCGUCGUCGUCUUACUCGGCGGAAAUAGUCGGCAGCAACGACGACCUCCUCAACCAAAUACUCCUCCGCCUUCCCAUAAAGUCUCUUCUCAAAUUCAAAUCUGUAUCCAAACACUGGCUUUCCCUCAUCUCCAACCCCAACUUUUCUCGCUGCCGUAGCCCUUUCCCGACCGCCGCCUCCGGCCUCAUUCUUCAAGCCUCAAGAUCAUGGGUCAACAACCCAGAAUUCCAUUUCGUUGACUUUGACAACCCGUGUCCCAGCCCUCACUCCUCCUCUUUUGCAGUCCCUUUUAAGUCUCUCACCUUCGUCAACGACCCGUCCAGAAUCAUAAUCACACAGUCCUGUAAUGGGUUACUGCUCUGCUCUACAGCUGGUUUACACUCCCCAAGAAAAUACUACUUCGUUUACAAUCCCACUACUAAGCAGUAUACGACGCUUCCUCCGCUGUCGUUCCGUCGUGGCACUUUCACCUGGACUGUUCGGGAUAUCGUCUUAGCUUUCGACCCUUCCAAAUCUCCUCAUUACAAAGUCGUUUGUGUGAUGCAAUGCGACAAUUACAGCGACGUGGGUGACGAAUAUCGGAUUGAAAUUUAUUCCUCCGAGACUGGCCCCUGGAGACCCGCUAAAGCACAACCUUCAUUCUCCGGCCUUAGACCAGGAACUAUUCGCGGGGUUUUCUGUAACGGGGCCGUUCAUUGGGUAAAUCCUUGGGGAACUUCACUGCAUUUUAAAGUUGAUGAAGACCAACUGUGUCAAAUGCCAUAUCCCAUGCAUGAUAAUGUUGACGCUGUUAAUGAGGAUUUGAGGUACGUUGGUGAGUCUAGGGACCAUUUGCAUGCAAUUCUUUACGGAAAUAUAGUCACACAUCAUUUGGAUGUAUUUGAGAUGGAAAGGGAUUGUGCUAGAUGGGUUUUCAAGUUCAAGGUUGAUCUUGAUGAAAUUUCAAAUAUAUUCCCUGAGAUUAUCCCUGUUAAUAUUUGCCAUCCGGGCAUUGAUUACGAUAGCUCUUCAGUGCUUUGUUUUGUCCGUGGCGAGCUUUUGGAAGAUUCAUUUUUGGUCCUGAGGAUUUUUGGUAUAGUUUUCCGAUAUGAUUUCAAGACUAGAACUUUCUGCAAGUUAUGCGUCAACGAUAAUCAUUCUAUUUGGUGUGAGAAUUAUCAGUACAUCCAGAGUCUAGCUUGUGUUUGA